GAUUACCGAUUAGCCUCACUCUGUUUUCGCUCUCUACUCUCUCGUCUUCCACAUCUCUCCCAUUCCGUUUCUCUCUCUCUCUCUAGGCGUUCGAGCUCACGGUUCCCUCGUUGAAUCAGCUUAAUUAGGGCGGAAUUUUGGGUGGGGAGGGAGGCGGUGGUUGGGAAUGUGAUAAGAGAGAUGGUAACCGCUGUCGCAUCGACCCACCGCCUUUCGGAAAAUACGAAGCUGAAGCCGUUUCUGCCUUCCGACGCCGGCAAUGGGCCGCCGGUACGGCGUCCGAAGAGUCGCGAAGUCACUUCGCGGUAUUUGUCUGCCGCCACCACGUCUUCGUCUUCCAAUUCCUCUUCCUCGACCAACACAACUUCGUCUUCGGUCACCUCAGGGUUUUCAACCUUUUCGAGGAGGCCUCGGUCUCCGAUCACCAGCACGAAAACCGUGGUUGCUACUACGCCCAAGAGCCAGCAGCGUGCGGUGUCUGCUGAGAGGCGUCGGGCGCCGGCGACGCCUUCUAGUGCGGAGAGGAUGCUAGUAACGUCGAUGCGGAGCUUAUCUGUGUCGUUUCAGGGAGACUCGUAUUCGGUACCUGUGAGUAAAGUUAAGGCACCUCCGACGACGGUUGGAACCUCCGUAGGGCCGAGGAAAGGUACGGCGGAGGAGAGGAGGAAAGCUGGGGUUACACCGGGUAGAGAUCGGAAGGAGAAGGAUUGGGAGAACUCGCGGCCGAGUAAUCAGCAACAGCAUCGUUGGCCGGGAAGGUUGCGCAGCGAGAAUUCGAGCGUCCUCACUCGGAGCUUGGAUUGCAGCGCUGAGAGAGUGCAAUCGGUUCGAUCGUAUUCUGGAAUCAAGGAAUUGAGAAAAUCCAUGGCUGAUGAAAGGUCCAACGAUGCUGAGGGUCGUGGACUCAGACUUGAGCUUGAUUGUAGAUCGAAAUCCGGUGAUUCAAUUAACUCAGAUGUUAAGAGCGUCUCACUCGAGAGCACUGCCAGUAGAAAUUCAAUUCAACUAAAAGGAAGACCCCAUGGUUUGGUUGUGCCUGCAAGAAUUUGGCAGGAUCCGAGUAACAAAGCACAAGAACUGCAAUACCUUGAUUCACCUUCACCAAAGAGUGCUGCUACAAAUAGAUCAGUAGCUCCAUCAAAAUUGCUUGCAGCAAAGAAGGUUCAGAAUAAUAGUCUCUUAUCAUGGCCUAAGGAGGCUUCUACAAGUAGGGGAUCAUCACCUCAUAGAGGGGUUGUCAGGUCUGCCUCACCGGGCAAGGCCUUCACUCCAUCAACUGGUGCUAUUAUGAGGGGUAUGGCUACUCCGCCAAGAGCUAGAAAUGGCAGCUUACCGAUGAAUGAAAGUAACAUAUGUAGAACACCAUCUAUGUUUCACUUUUCUGUUGAUGCCAGGAAAGGCAAAUUGGGAGAAAAUUAUAUUGCCGAGUCGCAUGAGUUGAGAUUACUCUAUAAUCGGCUUUUGCAGUGGCGACUAGCGAAUGCGAAGCGGGAACAUAGUUUGUUCUUUCAAAAACAUAUGGCACAGGGAAGCCUCUAUGAUGCUUGGAUGAAAAACUCUAAACUGCAGAACUUGGUUGCAUCCAAGAGGAUUGAACUACAACUUGUGAGGCAUAAGCUGAAGCUUCAUUAUAUAUUAUUGAAACAAGAACCGCAUUUGGAAUGCUGGGGGCUGAUUGAUACAGGUCACUGCAAUUCAGUGUCUUCAGCUGUAGAUGCCCUGAAAGCUAGUACAGUUCGUCUUCCUAUUGUAUGUGGUGCUAAGGCUGAUGUGCAUAAGGUACAACUAGCAAUAUCUUCGGCUGUUGAUGUUAUGCAAGCAAUGGCAUCUUCAAUCUGCUCAUUGUUAUCAAAGGUGGAACAGAUGAACCUACUAGUGUCGGAACUUUCCAAUACGAGCGUACAAGGCCAUCGUUUUCUUGCUGAAUGCAAAGAUUUCUUGUCCGUGACAUUCAUUCCAUUGCAGGUUAUGCACUGUGAUCUGAGGACACAGGUCUUGCAAAUUCAACAAGAAGCAAUGCUCCUGGAACAAAAAAGGCACAUGGCAUGCUGCUGAUCCCAUUUUUGUUGCCGACAUUACGUGUAGCUGAUUUUCUAACACCACAUCACCAUGCAAGAAAUGGUACAAAUUCUUACCUUACACGACAUAUAUAUAUAUAUAUAUAUACUUGGUCGUCUUCCUCCUUAUUUUGAUGCAAUGAAGGAUGGGUGACAAGACAAUAUAGUAGUUUCUACUUUAGGUUGUGCAUACAGAAGCUGAGCUGCUAACCCCCCCCACCCCUCUCAAAUUUGAUUUGUGUAUAAAAUGUUGGUGUUCUAGAUUAGGCAUAUAUAUAUAUAUAUGCAAUGUUAUUGUUGGGAAUUUCUGUUGUUUUGGUGUGUCAGUGUCAUGUCAUGAAUGAAUAUUGAAAAAAAGAUAAAAGUGAAAGAAUGCUCUUGAAGCGGUUCUAUCUGUUUUAUGUGGGGUUAUAUUUUCUUUGGAUUUCUUUAGUCUUUUACACUUAUAUUUAUUUAUUUGUCUUCAUUGCUUUUAUUUUCAUGUGUUUUC